GUUAACCCCUUCCUGCCCAGUGCCAUUAGUACAGUGUCAGUGCUUAUUACUAGCACUGAUCAUUGUAUUGGUGUCACUGGGAAUGUCAGUGACACCAAGUCAGUUCCCUCCAGUGUCAGAAUGUCCGCCACAUUCCCGCUAUAAGUCGCUGAUCGCCGCCAUUACUAGUAAAAAAAAAUAUAUAAAUAUAUACCGCCAUUUGUAAACACUAACUUCCACGUAAACCAAUUAAUUUACACGUAUUGGGAUUUUU